AGUCUGUUUCCAUUGUACUAAGAAAAAGGAAAGGGAAAAGGAAAAACAAUCUCCCUUUUUAUUUGUUUCUUCACAAAUGGAAGAUGAAGAUCAGAAGGAGUUGCAGCUCCUUCCGACGCCUCACUCCAUAGCGUCGUCCUCGUCGUCCCGUCCAUCCGACUCGUCGUUACGAUUCCGGUCCGAUCUGUUGGAACCGGUACAAGGAUCCGUGGACCUGCAAUUGUCGAUAAGCCUGAGGCCAAUCCGGCCGGCGGCGGGGGCGGAGUGCUUGUUGAAGUACGAGGAGGUGAUGAAGCCGGAGGCGGCGAGCUGCGUGGAGGCGCUGAAGUGGCAGGCGGGGGAGCAAAUUAGGCUGGCGGCGAUGGAAAAGGCGUACGCGGAGAGGGUGAGGGAGCUAACGAAGAGGGAAAUAGAAUUGGCGCAAACGGAAUUCGCGAGGGCUCGACAGAUGUGGGAAAGGGCGAGAGAAGAAGUGGAAAAGGCGGAGCGGACGAGAGAGAGAGCCACUCGACAGGUGGACUCUACGUGCAUGGAGAUCACUUGCCAAUCUUGCAGGCAGAGGUUUCGGCCUUCUUAAUUUUUCUGUUUAUGAUUAAUAAUGACUUCCCUUAUAUAGCUCCUUAUUAAGCCUUAUAAUGCAGGGUUUGUUUUAACUCAUCUCUGCCUCCCUAUUAUUUCUUUUCCUUAAAUUUAAAAUAAUCCUUUCAAGUA